ACCGCCCCAGCGGUUAAUUCAUAAUCCCAACCAAAAUUGGAGUAUAUUAAAGAACGAAAGUAUCCCGGAAUAAGGUCGCCGAUAUGACUUUCGAUUCCAGUCAGCCGCAGAAGUUGAGUGUUUUUAGUGCACGCUACCGAUGGCAGAUUAUAGCCACCAUGACGGUGCACAUUAUGACGCUGACUCAUGGCAUUGCCGUGGGAUGGCUAUCGCCGUCUCUCAGACUACUCGGCUCCGACCAUAGUCCUUUGGGAGAACCCCUUACCAUCACCCAGGCAUCCUGGGUCGGAUCUAUGGUUGGCCUGGGUUCGCUGACUGGCAACAUUAUAUUUGGCCUGCUGCUCGAUCGUUUGGGCCGUAAACUUUGCAUGUACUUUCUGGCCAUACCCAAUAUGAUGUAUUGGAUCCUUAUCUACUCUGCCCAAGAUGUGACGUAUCUUUAUGCUGGACGCUUUCUGGCCGGGAUGUCAGGCGGUGGCUGCUACGUCGUCUUGCCCAUUUUCAUUGCGGAAAUCGCCGAUAACAGCGUUCGCGGUGCCUUAUCUUCCAUGGCCAUGAUGUACGUUAGCAUGGGAAUGAUGGUUGGCUUUUCCCUGGCCUCGUACCUUUCCUACUAUCUGAUGCCGUGCAUUAUAGUAGCCUUUCCGGUGAUCUUUAUGGUGGCAGUUUUCGGCCUAGCCGAGACUCCUCAGUUUCUCCUGAGAAGCGGAAAGGAUGCACAGGCCGAGAAGUCCUUCUACUUCUAUAAGAAUCUCAAGCCACCUACAGUCGGCGACAAGGAGGCAUCUCACCAUGACGCGGCCAAAAUGGAGUUUGAUACCUUCCGCCUCCAAGUACUCAGUGGCGGCGUCACCGAAAGCAUUACCUGGCGUGAUUUUAUCAAUGUACCCACUUUAAAGAUAUUCGGACUUAUCUUCGUGCUGAUCAUCUGUAAUCAGCUCUCUGGGAGCUUUGCCAUCUUCAAUUACACGUCGCACAUCUUUGCGGAGCUGGGCAAUAAAAUGGAUCCCAACACUUCCACCAUUGUCGUGGGAGCUGCCCAGCUCGUGGGCAUCUUUUGUGCUGUAGCCUUGGUGGAUCGCCUGGGUCGUCGUGUCCUUCUGCUCACCUCAAUGGGUGGCAUGGGCCUGGGUGAGCUGACCAUUGCUCUGCUAAAGACCUUUGCUUCGGAGGAGUUCCUGGACCAGAAUGGUUGGCUGCCACUGCUCAUCAUGUGCCUGGUGGCCGCUAUUGCUUCACUUGGAGUUAUAGCACUCAUAUUUAUCAUUAUCAUCGAGCUGCUACCAGCUAAGAUUCGCUCCCUUGGCACCUCCUUGAGCAUGGCCACCUUCAGUGGUUUCAUUUUCGUGGCCCUGAAGAUCUACCCCACAAUGAUUAACGAUCAGGGCCUGGCAGCCACAAUGUUCAUGUCGGCGGGCAUGUGUUUCUUUGGAUUUGUGGUGCUGGGACUCUUCCUCCCGGAGACCAAAGGCAGGCUGUUGACGCACUGAUCCCUCAUCUGACAUCGAUCCAACUAGGCCCAGCGGCCAAAGUCAAAGAGUUGGCCGUCGCCUUUUGUUGGGAGAUGAGUCCAUUGAAUAAGCUGGAUAAGCGGGAUCCAUAUGCGGCUCCAUGUCAAGAGAGUAUUCCACUCAAUAAUUUGUGGCACAAAGGCGGCAAUCGUCUCAUCCUGAACUCUUGAACCCACAUAAUUCAAUUGCGGUUUCGUUUGGAUAUUUUUUUGUACAUAGAAAUUUAAUUUAAUUUGAAUGGAGAAAGUCUUGGGGCUGUGAUCUUGCUAUUGAUAAGUGCGAAAAUUGUAAAUCAAUAGGUCUACGUAAAUAAUAGCUAUUAUAUGGCUUAAAUAAGUGUUAGUGUAAGUGUAAAAUUGAAACCAAAAUUG